CCAGGGAGUUUCUUUCAGCUUGGAAGCAUUGCAUUUCAUCCACCGACAGUCGUGAUUUGGUCGUAGAGGGAGUUACAUUCACGCUGGAAAUUGCCUCCAGAUCGUGAGGAGUGUUGUAGCAGGGGACGAAAAUGCGUCAAGGGUGGAUUGUCUGACUAGAACCACUCAACGACCAGAUCCUUCCUUCUCAGUGAGAGUGACGCACCUUCCUAGUGUCAAAUUCCAAGCUGAUGCCAUUAUGUGACAAACCAAGUCCAAGAUCAUUUCGAAGACGACAACCAGGAUGGCACCUUUGGCUAAUUGGGUCCUUUUGAGUCCGUCCGUUCCAGGCUGAAAUCAAAGGAUCCCACCAUACUGGAGACCCAGUCCAAAAUGACGGGCCAGAAUCUGCAUAUCCUGGCCUUGCUCACGUCCACUUUGGUGGCCCGAUUGUCUGGGUUUGUGAUCGCUCCUCCUUGGGCCAACCCUGUGGUGAAUCCGUGUAGCAACAAAUCAUGGCAACUCCUCUUUUGGCCGAAAGAUGAAAAGUGCUACCAGAUCUUCGAGCAAGGACCCUGUCCAAGGUCCCAGGAAUUGGCUUUUAAUGAAAUCAACAAGAGGCCAGAAUGCAGAUGCCCUAAAGACUUGCUCUAUUGGCCAGCAACGGACAGAUGUUACCCUCAAUAUGAGAAGGGGCCUUGUGAAUUGAGUCAAUACCUGGAGAAGCACCCAAAGACGUCCCAAGUCAUUUGCAAGGACAUGAAGCGUUGUCAGAAUGGGUGGAUAUUUUGGCCUUCAGAGGAUGAAUGCUUUGAGUUGUAUUCUCAAGGCCCGUGCCACAAGGGCGACCUUCUCAUCAUGAAUCCUUUGACGGCUGAACCUUAUUGCGGAUGCGAUCCUUUGUUGCUAAGUCAAUACUACUUCCCCUCGGUGCAACUUUGCUACGAGCACUUUACAAAGGGGCCUUGUGAAUCUGGGCUACUCUUCGCCUAUAACCACACAAGUCAGUCCACCCAUUGUAUGUGCUCACCUCGGUUAGCUAACUACCAUGUCCCAACCAACGAAUGCUUUCAAUUUGGCCAGAAGGGUCCAUGUUCCAAAGGACAGGAGUUCCAAUUUAACGAGGUCACACGGCAAGGCGAGUGCACUUGCAAGUUGAACUACGUGCUUUGGCCCGAAAAUGGAGAAUGCUACAAGGCAUUCACUCCUGGUCCUUGCCAUAGUGAGGAGUUCAUCAUUCCAGGGGAACAGAACAGUCCCAUCGGACAAUGCGUUCAAAACCCUUGUCCCAAAGCCCACUUAUACUUUCCCGAGCGAGACGGGGACUCGGUUCGUUGCCACAAGGUGGGAUCUCGUGGUCCCUGUGAAUUGGGUCAACUUGUGGUGUUUGAAAAGUAUUCUGGCAAGAGCUACAGGGGCGAGUGUGGGUGUGCCCCAGGUUAUAACCAGAACUAUUGGCCAGAAACUGGCUUGUGCUACGAAUGGUACUCUCAAGGACCAUGUGAGGAUUCGUUCUCGUUCCAAUACAACAAAGACCUGGGGCGGACCGAGUGUGUUUGUGAUGAGAAGGAGGGAUUCGUGUUUUGGAACGAGACACAGAACUGUUACAGAGUUUUCACGCAAGGACCUUGUCCCAACAAUGCCUGGCUGAUUCCAGGAGAGGGAUCAGAAGUGUUCUGCGAAUGCCAGAACGGCUAUCGAUUCCAUCAGACUUCCUAUACAUGUCAAGUCUCAGCCCUACCCGAUCAAGUUGCCCUGCCAUUACUACCCUUUGGCACAGGUCGUCCCCGUCAUUGGUCGGGCUUGGGGUAUCCACCCACGCUUCGUCAAAAUCAAAAGAGACCCAGUCAAACUCAGGGUUGGGCUGCCCAAGGUAUCUUUGUGUCGCCGGGACAAACAGGCAUUGCCAAACGGGUUAAGCCGGGGCCCACCCAAAGACCUAAUACCAAUUACCCGUGGCAGAAGAACCAAUGGGAAAGGGAGGGAGGAGGGUGGGGUGCCCAGGCUCUUCCUCGAGUGGGUAGAUCUCGCUUUACGGAGGAGUCCAGAAAUCUUCCAGACAAGACUAGGGUAUUGAGGAAACAUCCCACAGGUCUUUCCAAGGAACGAAUCAAGGCGGCUCGAGUCGAGCGGCGUCGGGUGCUAUCCCAAAGGACAAAUCGGCGACGAUCCCAGUGAUGAUAGUAUCGUUUUUCUUUUUAUUAACUAGUCAGUUAGUGCUUAACACUUGCUUGUAGGGCAUUCCAUACGAACUAAAUUUCCACGAAUAAAUUGUUUUGCUCGAA